AUGGCACAGCCGCUGUCCAGCUCCAAGUUCCUGGACAAUACCUUGUCACUCUUACAAUGGACAGAGCACCUUUGUUUCAGUGUUCAAAGAAGUCAGAGCCAUAUUGCUCUUACAAAGGACAGCUACCACAUUGUGCAUUUGGGCCAGAUCCAGGAGAAGGAAUUUAAGUGCCCAGCACUCGUCAUGUCUCCUGUUUCCUCACUUUUCCCUCCCACGUUGUAUUCUGGAAGAUUUCUUGAACCUCACAACAAGAGAGACAAAGUCACCCCCAACAUCAAGGCCAUCCGACACAGACGUGAAAUGGCCAACCGAGGUCGAGGUAACCAAGCCUCUGGAAGGCGGUCUUCCUUGACCAAUUUCAACAAUGCCGACAUCAUCCGCAGAAUGAAUGAAGUAAACCCAGAUCAGUCACCUGGGUCUGACUUCACUACCACCUUCGACCAAACACCACAGCCACCUCUAUGGCGGAGAGAGGGUUUCAACUCGCCCGAGGAGUUCGAGAGCUUCAUGGCGGCGAACAACGAGCGACUGCAGCAGCACAUGUUCCACAAUGUGCAAGCUCAGUCAUCAUCUUCCCAGCCAUCGCGAAACCUCAAUGUCACGUCUACUGCCUCUACAAACCAACCGUCUUCUCUUACUCGCCAGCCAUCCAAGGCAAAGCAUGCCUUGAAAAGCAUAUAUACCAAGGCGAAAGACAAGACGGCGAAGUUUGUCGACGAAGCUCUUCUGUCUCCUGGACAUCCCGACGCUUCGUAUCCCAAUGCUCUACCACCGAAGAACGAAGUACAAAUUUCACUUCCACUUCGAGGCGAGACAUGGGAUGCGAACCUCAGGAAUGCUACAUCCAACGACAACUCUGGCCGCACUCUACUCCCGAUCAAUGAAGCUCAAGACUUGAGAAGACACCAGGCCAGUUACGCCGGCGAACACUGGAACCAGACCAACUUUGCGCAAGACAAAAACGGCGUUGAACGACAACGCGUCAAAAGCACAAAGGAACUGAAGGCUGGUCUCCUCAACGGCACAGUCGCCUAUGUCGGUGGCAGUAAGUUGGAUUUCAUGCUAGACUCCGGUGCCGGUAUCAUCUCGCACAAGCAUUUUGCUGACAAGAACAGGGAUUCCGCUUUCUUCCAAGGAAAGCAUCAACCUGGACCGAGCAGACCGCCUACGAGACCGACUCAAGCUGGUCCAAGCCAAGCCUCAUCCUCUGCCCAAGCCUCCCGGACUCUCCCAACAGUCCCAGUCAACCACUCUGCAGUCGAUGCGAAGAAACCCGCGCCACAAGCCAAGAUACCAAGGCGCAAGGUAGAGUCAACUUGGGGUGCACUCAUCGAAGCCGCCAACAAGUCUCCUUCAAACAGCAGCGAGGAGACACUUACGGCAGCGCCGAUUGCAGAGUCAUCCGAGAGAGCUCGUCGACGCCGAGUAACUGUGAUCAACUCACAGGCAUUCGAUCCCGUCGAUCCAAACGCCCGACCUGGAACUCGCGACUCUUUUGCAGAGGUAGGUCGACUUGACGACUCUGACGAAGCCUUCAACUUCUCCUCUCCUCCUUCACCUCUCUCUCGACCAUCCUCAGAUCUUGCAGUCGAGGCUCCACGUCUCGAAAGUAUAGAUCUAGGAGAUCGAUUUGCUCCUUUCGAUCGCGGCCUACAGAUCGACACCCACAUCCGUGACGAUCAUGUCAGUUGGUAUGUCAGAAAUGAGGGCGCUUCGUCCUCGAGACAAACCAGACAAGAGCGAACGGAUGGCAUUCCUUCUCCAACUGCUCCGUCUCACGAUCGAGAGGAAGACGAGGCUGCGGCUUUGUGGAAGCGGCUUGAGGAGCAGCAGAGGAGCGGGCAGAGUUGUGCUGGCGAUGAUGACGGACCAUGA